UGACUGGCUUGUAAUGUGAUGCUUGAAUACUAUGAAAAUGUUUCCAGUGGGCCUGUAAUAAUUCACAUAGCAACUGAUAAUGCUUAUUGCCACAGCUGGCUCCUUCUACCAGGAGGAAAUUUUUGGCCAUUAUGGAUAAGGACUGCUGUUUAUGUUUUAGCACUUCUUUAUCUGUUUGUUGGAAUCGCCGUAUCAUCCGAUGUUUUCAUGUACUCUAUUGAAAGAAUUACUGCCAAAAAACGCAAAAUUAUAAUUUAUGAUGAAGAACUAGGAAAGACGGUUGAAGAUGAAGAAUUUAUCUGGAAUGAAACAGUGGCAAAUUUAACAUUAAUGGCUUUGGGGUCAUCCGCUCCUGAAAUUUUACUUGCAUGCAUUGAGGCAGUAAAAGGACUAUCUGAAGAUUCGCAUGAAGUUCACAGUAGCUUAGGAUUAUUCACUAUAAUUGGAUCAGCAACUUUCAAUUUGCUAGUGAUAUCAGGCAUAUGUAUUGUGUCCAUAACCUCACCAACAGUGAAGAAAAUUGCCAAAUUCAGUGUAUUUAUGUUUACGAGUUUUUGUUCUCUAUUUGCCUAUGUAUGGAUGCUGCUAGUUGUUGCAUACAUCAGCCCGGAAGUUGUGGAGAUUUGGGAAUCUUUGUUAACUUUAUCAUUCUUUCCAAUAAUGGUGAUAUUUGCAUAUGCUCAAGAUAAUGAAUGGUGGUUGAAGAAAUUUUUUAAGGUAAAAAGAAGUGGAAAUUUGCCUCAAAAACCAGAGAAAAAUCCUGAGCAACAAAUGACUGAUAACAGAAGUUUUGAACAUUCAGCAGAUGUAACAACUAUUCAGUCAGAAAAUACAGAAAACCGAAGGAAAAUACAACCAAGUGAAUUUCGAUUACGUAUGGAAAGACGAAGUUCUGAAUCUGUCAUUCGCAGGAAGUUAAUGAGUGAACAAAGACGUACAUUUUCUAGAGGGAGUCUUUUCAGGUAA